AUGGCGGACUGCCGCAGCCUCAUCGAGUUCCUCCGGGCCUUCGAGCAGCACCGGCGCCGCGCCUCCUCCUCGGACCCUUCCUCCCCGCGCCCCCGCCGCGCGUCCCUCUCCUCCUCCUCCACCUCGCGGUCGCGAUCGCGAUCGCGAUCGCGGGGCCGGCUAUUCCCCGCCCUCUGCGACCACUCCGCGCUGGCCGCGGUCGACGCGCUUGCGCUCCUCGCCUCGCUCGCUGCUCUUGCGUUCCUCGCAGCGCCCUACGCGCGAUUGCUGGCUGUCGAGGCGCGGGACGCGGUGGCCACGGUGGCGACGCGCCACCCGGCGGCGCCGUGCGUGCCACUGGCCGCGGGCGUGGCGGCUGGGGCCGCCGUGCUGGCGUGGGACGCCGCGUCGCACCGCGCGCGCCGGUGCGGUAGGCCCCGGUGCCGUGGCCUGCGCAAGGCCGUGGAGUACGACAUCCAGCUCGAGACGGAGGAGUGCGUGCGCAGCCUGCUGCCGCUUGCGCACGGUGUAGGAAGCGGGGCGGCGGCCACGUGGCCGGUGCCGGGGCUUGGGGACGAGCACCGGGAGCUUGAGGCGGUGCUCAGGAAGAUGGCGCCGCCCAACGGCCGUACCGUGCUUAUCUUCCGUGCGCCGUGCGGGUGCCCAAAAGAGAGGGUGGAGGUCUGGGGCGCUAAGAAGGUGCGCCGGAUGAAGAAGUAG